AUGAGGGCCGAAUUCACCAACAGCAGCCUCAACCAUUUCGAAGGCGGUUGGCCGAAAGACAUCAAUCUCACCGACGAGGAACAGACGAAGAGGUACAGAAGGAAGAUAGAGAAAGACGAACAAUUCUACCACGUCAUGAUGGCUCUUUUCAAAAAUAUGGAGAGCUGUAUUUUACAAAACAACGCUGUGAACAUCUAUCAACAGUACUUCUCCGACGUGGAAUCGACACCUUUGGUCGAACGAAGCUCUGCAAGAACUGUAAAUGUAUAUCAAGACCAGAGUACCCCUAAUAGACCCGUGACGCACAUAUCUUGGUCUCCAGAUAACCAAACCAAACUGGCCAUAUCUCACUGUAAUUUAGUAUUUCAAGCUGUUGUUGCGAAACAAGCACACGUGUCGUACAUCUGGGAAGUUGAAAACCCCAACAGACCCCUUAUUACUUUAAAACCUGAACAAUCAAUAGUAUGUUUGGAAUACAAUCAGAAGGACCCGCACAUUCUGGCUAGCGGACAGGUUAAUGGACAAGUGGCAAUAUGGGACAUCAGGAAAGGUGCGGAACCAGUUGAACUGAGUAUUAGAGAAAACAGCUUUGUAGAUCCAGUAUUGAAUGUUCUUUGGAUCAAUUCUAAAACCGGGACAGAGUUUUUUAGUUCCUCCAGUGAUGGUCAAAUAAAAUGGUGGGACACCAGAAAGCUUUCAGAUCCUACAGAAACUCUCAUUCUGGACUACGCCAAAGACGAAGAACAACAGGUAUCGAACGCUCUUGGUGCCUCUAUCUUAGAAUAUGAAGGAACCAUCCCCACUCGCUUUAUGGUAGGUACCGAACAAGGCAUGAUAAUAUCAGGUAACAGAAAAGGAAAGACAGCUAUCGAAAAAAUGGCACUGCGAAUUCCAAAUGCACAUCUGGGGCCAAUUAUGGCUUUGCAAAGAAAUCCAGCAUUUCCGAAGAAUUUUCUUACUGUAGGGGAUUGGACGGCGAAAAUUUGGUCUGAGGAUUGUAGGGAGAGCUGUAUAAUCUGGACCAGUUUUCACAAAGCUGCUUUAACUGAUGGUGCGUGGAGCCCAACAAGACUCUCAGUAUUCUUCACUACGAGAGCUGAUGGGACACUGGAUGUUUGGGACAUGUUGCAGCAACAGAAGCAAGCAAGUUUAAGUGUUCGUGUAUGUGAUGAAAAACUCACUUGCCUAAAAGCACACGAUCAAGGACGGCUUAUAGCUCUUGGAAAUCAAAAUGGGACAACGUACUUAGUCGAAUUAAGUGAGAAUCUCUCAUUGUCAGUAAAAAACGAUAAGAUGUUGUUAACAUCGAUGUUGGAUAGAGAAGCUCGGAGAGAAAAGAUCCUGGAAGCGCGCAACAGAGAACUGCGGUUAAAACAAAGACAGAAGCAACCUGGUCCGAAAGACGCUGUGGAUGACGACGAAGACGAUGACGGAAAGGUAGGGGUUGAAAGAUUUGACAACUUCGUGAAGAACUCAGAGGGUGAAUUUUAUACUACGAUAGAAAAGGAAAUGGCCAAAAUGAAGGGUGUUGAGGAACCUGAAGACACGCUGGGAGAAGAAGAUCAGGAUACGGGCGAUAUCGAAGAUGGUGGAGGUAACGAAACAACGACUAAUGAAGAAGCUACAAAUACUCAUUAAUGAAUAAGUUAGUUUUAUUCAGUAGAGUCCUACACGAAAUUAUAAUGGAAAACUGUGUUAAAUAAAAUAAAGUAUAAAAUUGGAAUCA